GCAGUGUGGUUUGUAUAAAGGACGAGCAGGCCUAGGACGGUGGGCGCACUGGUCUGUUCUACGCAGGCACGAGGCACGCCAUCUGCACACUGCAGGUACUACAGAUAAAGUACCGGCUUUGUGGCUGCAGAAAACCACACUUUCGAGUGCAACGGGCGUGUUAAGGAGCGCUCGAUCCCGAUAUUCCGGCAAUCACCGUUCCCGGAGGCGCCGCAACCAUGUCGGAAAAGAAAGAACCCUUAUCUCCGCCAGAAGUGUCGCAGGCCGAGUCGAUCGAGGUGCCCAUGGUGACGGUUGAGGCCCAAGGUUUCGACGAGCACGCGACGAAGCGGCUGCUGCGGAAGCUGGACCGGCACAUCAUCCCGUUCAUGUCGCUGAUCUAUCUGCUCUGCUUCCUCGACCGCACCAACAUCGGCAAUGCGCGCCUCGACCACCUCGAGCAGGACCUGAACCUCCAGGGCCUGCAGUACAACGACUGCCUCGCCAUCCUCUUCCCCUUCUACAUCGCGGCCGAGAUCCCGAGCAACAUGAUGAUGAAGCGCGUGCGGCCCUCGCUCUGGCUCACCUUCAUCAUGGUCUGCUGGUCCGCCUCCAUGAUCGGGCAGGGUUUCGUCAAAAACUACGGGGGCAUGCUCGCCACCCGCGCUUUCCUCGGCGUCUUCGAGGGCGGCCUUUACCCAGGCGUCAACUAUUACAUCACCCAGUGGUACCCGCGGCCCGAGUGCGGCUUCCGCAUGGCCCUCUUCUUUUCCGCCGCCACCCUGGCCGGCGCCUUUGGCGGCAUCCUGGCCCGCGGCAUUGCCGAGAUGAGCGGCGUCGGCGGCCUGGCGGCCUGGUCGUGGAUCUUCAUCCUCGAGGGCCUGCUCAGCAUUCUCGUCUCCUUCACCGCCCCCUGGGCCAUCCACGACUACCCCUCCGAGGCUAGCUUUCUGACCCCCGCCGAGCGGGACGAGGUGCAGCGCCGCCUGCGCGCCGAUUCGGGCCACCUGACGGACGACUUCGACGUCCGGUACGUGUGGCAGGCCAUCCGCGACUGGAAAAUCUACAUCCACAUGCUCAUCUGCAUGGCCGGCUUCUGCCCCAUCUACUCCUUCUCGCUCUUCCUGCCCACCAUCGUCAAGAACAUGGGCUACACGGCCAACAAUGCACAGCUGAUGAGUGUGCCGCCCUAUGUUUUCGCCUGCUUCUUUACUAUCGGUGCUAGUUACUACGCCGACAAGCUACAGAGGCGGGGUGUCUUCCUGAUGGGCUUCCAGCUCGUCGGGAUCCUGGGCUUCGCCAUGCUCUGCGGAAGCGGCGACGCGUCCAUCCAGUACGCGGGGACCGUUUUUGCGGCUAUUGGGAUAUACCCACAGAUACCUCUCGGCCUGGCAUGGAACAGCGGCAACAUCGGAGGCAGCCUGAAGAGGGGCACGGGAAUCGCCAUGCAGGUUAUGGGAGGCAAUUGCGGCGGCAUUAUCGCUUCCUACGUCUACCUGACCCGCGACGGGCCGCGAUUCAUCAUCGGGCACAGCAUCCUGAUUGGAUUCAUCAGCAUGGCAUUCUUCCUCAGCGGUUUCAUGUCAUUGUGGUGCAAAAGGGAGAACGCUAGAAGGGAGGGGAUCUCGCGCGAGCUGAGAGUCGACGAGCUCACCGAGGAGCAGAAGGGAAUGGAGAGGGAACUUGCCGACAACGUCCCGUGGUUCAGGUACACCUGCUAAGGUGAUGCAGCCAGACCAACCCACAGUCUAGCACCUUCGUGCCACUCGACUGUUUCAUACAAUUAGGUUGCGACAAUCGGUUGCUGUUGUUCAAAGACAGGAUACUAGAUUAAAGAGGAAGCCAUAGAACGCAAAAGGAUAUCGUAAAAAAACACCAUGUACAUAUUAGGCAACCGAAGCAACAACGCUGUCGAUAUAAGGCAACACCCCCUGCGCCUUGUCAUCCCCCAGCAGCGCCUUGUUCUGGUACGUCUCGAUCGACAGCGCCGCCUCGAUCUCCUCGAGCGUCGGCACCGGCUUGCGCUCAUAGUUGACCUCCUCCGCAUCCUCGAUGACGUGC